AUGUCAAAUAGAUUAAUUACAAGACUCCAAAACAAUUACAACAGCUAUCAAGUGAGGUAGGCUGUUAGUUAUCAUCUACACAUUUACAUCAAAACUGCAGAAAAUGUGGAGGUUACAAAGGAAUAUACUAUGGAAUAGGUAUAAAGGAAAAUAUCAUUCAAUCUGACAAAAGAAGUUUAUAACAAACUUAAUAUUGAUUCAACUAAGUGUUACCUCUACAAAGAACUGUCUCCAGCAGAUUAGCUUGAAGAGAGCAAAGAUGAAGCAUAUGGGAAUUACUCAAAGAAGAUAGUUAUCCAGCUCAAGUAAAAUCAAACUAUUCAAGGUAGUAACUAUGAAGAGUAUGUGCAAUAGGUAUUAGAGCAUAUUGAUGGAAGAAGAACUAAAUUCGAGUUUAACAAAAGAAACUAACUUGAUUUCAUUCAACUUUGUGAUAUUUUUCAAGAUCCAGAUAACAAAGAGCCUCUGAAAGAAAGUUAUUGGAUCAUAGUAUACAUUCAUCUCAAGAAAAUAGGCAUUGACAUAUCUGAAUCCUUUUAAAAUGAAAAGACUAAGUAAAUGCUUUAAGCUGUAAACAUCAAUGACUAUGCUAUUUCAAAAGGUUUCUUGGUUCAUGAACCAUCUUAAAAAAAGGUAUAACUUUAAUCGAGUAAAUUACUGAUGUAGAUUGAAUUAGGUGUAUUUGUUCCUACAGCUAUUUCAGAAGCAGACUUUAAGAAUGAGCAUUUGGCUGUUAAUAACAUGCAUAAUCUCUCAAGAGUUGAGAGGACUAAAGGAGAAUAGGGAUUAUUUUCAGACUACCCACACAGAUACAGAUUGAGAUUAGAGGGGAAAAUGGAUGUAAAGCUUUUCGCUCAAAGAAUUUCAGAAAACUCAGAAUUCUACAUCUCAUUAACUAAGGAGUUACCAAAAGAUUUUUUGCCCAUUAAGAAAAGAGUUUGCUAGAUAGAAUACGACUCUAACUUCUUUGCUGAGAAGCCAAGAUCUUUUAGGAUAGGAAUAACAGACUUUGAGAAAGGAAACGACCAAAAUAUAUCCAAGACUUUCGAAAACUUACCUCCAAAGUUCAAUCAAGAUAGAGGAUGCUAUACUUUAAAUUUCUAUGGAAGAGUUAAUAAAGCCUCUGCUAGAAAUUUCUAAUUGGUUGAGACGGAUGGAGAUGAAGAUGAAAUUAUUCUAAGUCAUGGAAAAAGUUCUACGAAUGAGUUUAACCUAGAUUAUAGAGCCCCAUUCAGUCAAGUCAUCGCUUUUGGUAUUUCUCUUUCUGCUAUUGGUAAGAAAAGAGUAGUAGGUUGA